AUGCCCCACCACCCUUCCCUCACCACCUCUCUCCUUCCUCCCUCUUCCCCACCCAUCCACCAACCCCGCCUUUUCCCCUACCCCCAGGUGGCGGCAUGGCGGGGUCUGAAUGGGGUCGGGCUGGCCCUGGUCAUCCCGGCCAUUCAAUCACUCGUCGCCGACUCAGCCAGCAACAGCACGAGGGGCAUGGCGUUCGGCUGGCUGCAGUUCGUCACCAACUUUGGCAACAUCCUCGGCUUCACCCUCGGCAUCUCCCUCGCCUGCUACGCCUUCUUUGGCCUUGCUGGUUGGCGCAUGGCCUUCAUCAUAGUCACUGUCGUCAGCCUGGCUCUGGCUGCUGUGCUCUGGCUGUUCGCGCACGACCCCCCUCCCACCACUGUCAAAUCAAUAGAAGCGUUGACCUGUCUGACUGACGAACCCGGGUCACAAGAGGAGCGCACUGUAGAGCCGUUGCUAUCUGAAGACCGUACCCUAGAGUUGAAGCAGCAGCAGCACCACCACCACCACCUCCAUCAGCAGCAGCAGCACCACCAGCAGCAGCAGCACCAGCAGCAGCAGCAGCAACAGCAGCAGGAGCAGCAGCUUUCUCAAGCCAACGAAUCAACCCCACUCCAACCAACUUCCUCCCACCACCGUCACUCCUCCUCCCCAUCCCCGCACUCUCCCCACUCGCAUCCCCACCCCUCCCCACUCCCCCCUGUCCCCCUCUCCUCUCCUCACUCCUCCUCCACGUUCCUCUCAGACGUCUUCAAAGUCCUCCGAAUCCGAACCUUCCAGCUGAUCAUAGCACAAGGCGUAGUAGGCUCCUUCCCCUGGGCAGCAGGGGCAUUCUUCCCCAUGUGGUUCGAGCUCCUCGGCUUCUCCCACGCCUCCACUGCCCUUCUGCUCUCCGUCUUCACCGUCGCGUGCAGCCUGGGAGGCCUGUUCGGCGGGUGGUUUGGGGAUGUGAUGGCAUGGAGGUGGCCGGAUGGAGGGAGGCUGGUGUGUGCGCAGAUCAGUGCUGGGUCGGCGGUGGUGCUGUCUACGGUGCUGCUGCGGGUGGUGCCGCAUUCGAACGAGUAUUUUGGGGUGUACCUGAUGGUGUUGACCCUGAUGGGGUUUCUGAUCUCGUGGAAUGCGGCUGGUACCAACAACCCCAUAUUUGCAGAGAUUGUCUCUGAGCGCCUACGCACAGACAUAUACGCGCUCGACCGAACCUUUGAAAUGUCCAUAGCAGCCUUUGCCCCACCAACUGUGGGCUACCUCGCCCAGGCUUGGUUCGGGUUCAUUCGGUCAGACGCGGAUGAUGCAGAGGGCACGUGGGAGCAGAGGCUAGCCAAGCGAUACUAUGACAAGCUGUUCAAGGAGUACUGUGUUGCUGACAUGAGCCGAUACAAGGAAAACAAGGUUGGUGGCACACCAGGCUGGCACACCAGGCUGGCACACCAGGCUGGCACACCAGGCUGGCACACCAGGCUGGCACACCAGGCUGGCACACCAGGCUGGCACACCAGGCUGGCACACCAGGCUGGCACACCAGGCUGGCACACCAGGCUGGCACACCAGGCUGGCACACCAGGCUGGCACACCAGGCUGGCACACCAGGCUGGCACACCAGGCUGGCACACCAGGCUGGCACACCAGGCUGGCACACCAGGCUGGCACACCAGGCUGGCACACCAGGCUGGCACACCAGGCUGGCACACCAGGCUUUCACACCAGGCUGGCACACCAGGCUGGCACACCAGGCUGGCACACCAGGCUUUCACACCAGGCUUUCACACCAGGCUUUCACAAGUGUUUGCCGAUUGA